UUGGUUGUCAAAAGAGAAAAAUCCUGAAUUUUAUCCAACGCUGACAGCUGUCGCUACCAACACGUUGUAGUACAUAUGCAGAUGCAGUGUUUAUUACACUUGGUAUUAUUCUGCAUAUGACUUAUCAUUUGACUAUCUUACCGGUUAUUCGUUGCAUGCGGAAGAACUUGUACGAAAAGUGUCACAAUCGCCUGGUAGUUUACAAUUUCUGGUGUAUAUAAAAUAAACCAGUUGAGCGAUUGUAAUGGAAGUGUAUUGUUAACGCGUAAAUGGAUGGCAGUCAGUAAAAUGCCGCUGCUGAUGUUGCGACAUGUGAUCGGUUUUGCUGUCUUCUCUCUGGUUAUUAGUACGGGGUCACUGCGAGCAGCAUUGAUGCAAUCGCCGGUAACUGCGGUUUCCACACCACCGCCUUUGUUGCCGUACACUGGCCAACCGAAAACCUGCAGAUCACAGCAGGAGUUAUCGGAUUUGGACUGUUUAUGCUUAUUAAAGGAUCUCCCGUGCCGAGUACCGGGCUCGGUCUGUCUGCCGGCCACUGUCGGCCCCAAUAUGAAAUGCGAAUGCGGGAGUUUGUACGAAAGGGAACUGGACAAAUACUGCGUUGAGCGUCUUAGUCCGGAAUACUUGGCCUCUCUACUAGAAGAUCCCAACAGUGCCGGCACCGUACCCUCCAUUAGCAACGAACUGCUGACCGUCAGCCCUAUCUACCGCUCCGCCAUGAAGAGCAGCUCCAAAAGGCCGUACAAGAAGCCUCCCUUCCGCACCGUAAUGGUCACAUCCAAUCCGCUGUACGCUGCUACCCGCCCAUCCCGCCAGCCCACUCGGCCGACAUUCACGCUGAGUGGCGUGCCGAUGCAGGGUGUCGGCGUCGAGAGUCCGAGUAUUGAUUCCAUGCUAGUUAAUAACUUCCCCAUAACAAGACCGCCAUUGUUCUCCAAGAAUAAAUUUACCGGUUUCCACAAGGGCUUUGCCGGUGCCACCAAGCGGCCCUCCACACCGCGCUUCUUCAGUCGCACCACCAGACCGCUGCCCCGGGUAGAUGGCUCAAUUGUGGUGUCCGGUUGGGUGCCGGAUAUCUGGCCCGCCGUAGGUUUAAACUACAGCAUUUAGAUAAAUCCUGGAUGUAUUACCGUCGCAGAUAUCACAGUGCGUUUCUAGUUUGUUUUUCUGGUCUCUGCGUUUCCUCGUCGUGAUCAUCAAAAAUCCCAAUCGCGGCUUUAUAUAAACCUGCAUUUUCCCAGUGUACAUAGAAUAUCAUAUUUCUGAAUGUAAGCCUCUGUUUAAUUUUUUGACAAGGGGACGGUGUACUGUGUAGAAUGCUGUAUAUGUCUUAAAUCAAAAGUGGUAUUUGUUGAUUGAUUUGCGAGCAAUUUUGCAUCAGUUAUGUUUGGUUUCUUA